AUGGCCAACAAUGGUUAUAAAGGUGGUAGAAGAGACUGUUGUAGUGAAGGAAGAGGUGGGCAACGAUGCAUGUCGGUGGCCACUGGCGGUGGUAGUGGCGGCGAUGGAGGAUUUAACCUAAUAUGUGUUCAUAGUUUAGAGAGAAAUCCAAAAGGGGAAAAUGAUUUACCUGUUGACAGGCGACAGAGACGAAGGCGACUGUUGACGAAGGCCGACGAAGACGAAGGGCCACGGCGGUGGCAACGGAAACGAAGGGCGACGGCGACGGUGAGCAACGGAGACGAAGGCGACGGCGGUGGCAACGGAGACGAAGGGCGACGGGAUGAUAUUGGUGGCCAUUGCUGUUUCCAGACCGAAAACAAUGAUGCUGACAGCUUUAAGAMUGUAAUUAGCCAUGGUAGCAGUGGAGUGAGUGGGGAUUUUAGUUUCAAGCCUUCUAAAUUUCAGACAGGGGUCCUAAGAACGAACUGUAUAGAUUGCUUGGAUCGGACAAAUGUUGCUCAAUAUGCAUAUGAUGAUUUGAUGAGGAUUUAUGAAAAAAUGGGUGACACUCUAGCACUACAAUAUGGUGGUUCUGCAGCACACAAUAAGAUAUUUUGUCAGAGAAGAGGUCAAUGGAAGGCAGCAACUCAGUCCCAGGAAUUCUUUAGAGCUCUACAGCGUUACUACAGUAAUGCAUACAUGGAUGCCGAAAAGCAGGAUGCCAUUAAUGUGUUCCUGGGUCACUAUCAGCCAGAAAUCGGCAAACCUGCACUGUGGGAAUUGGAUUCAGAUCAGCAUUACGAUGUUGGGAGCCGAGGCUCUAACUUUUUCAUGGAAAAAGCCAGGCUUAUUAAAAGAUCAUUGUCAGUCGGCAACAUGCUCUUUGAUGACAACAAUCUCUGUGACGRAAGUUCUACUAUUGGAAUUGCUCAAAAGGAUGAAGAAUCGGAGCAGCAGCCAUAUCCUGACAAGGCACAAAGCAAUACCAAAGCUCUAUCAGAAUCCUCACCUGAGAUCUCUUGUGAAAGUGAUUCAUCUUAUCCAAGGUUUGAUCUGAUAACUGCACAGUCUGUCACCUUUAGAUUGAUCAUUGUAUUCAGAUCUUUUAUUUCUUUACCACUGAGUUAA